CCCGGGUUGAACAACUCAUAUAAAAGUGAAGCAGACUUCCGUGUGAUAUGGCUUUCUAUAAAGACGGAAGGUCGUGUAUCCUUUUUCAAGCGUGUUUACACGUAUAAGGAAAUAGGGUGGGCGGGGGAUGGAUCAGAAACCAAACAUCGGAGCUUUUGCGUUAUGUUGAACGGUCAGACUAUGUCUACCAUGAUGCAGCUGGAUACGGCUUUAACAAUAAGGAGGGGAUAAAGCUCCUUCUAGAGAAGCGGGCCGGUGACACCGAUGACCCCAGUUACGGAUCUAAGGAUAUCAAUGCCACUAAAAAAAAUGAUGUCACAGUGUGUUUUCUUUUUUAUUUAUUUUUUGGGUUUCAGCGGCAGCGACCUUCUUAAUUUCAAGCGGGAAUAGUAGUUCUAUUUUAUAGGAUCUUCUGUUCACAUGAUGCCCACCUCUUAUCUCCUUCAUAUAUCAAACUUAAUCGCCAAUGGGACGACGACGAUAAGCGAACAGAAACCGGGAGGACAAGUUCCUGAGUUAUCGUGGGUCAAUAUUGCCGCCGCUUCAGGAUUUAUUCUCAUAAACGGCGUUAUUUCGCUAUUGCUUGGGUUAAAGCUUGAAAAGUCGUUAUUCAUCGCAGCCAUACGCUGCCUAGUACAAUUAACCAUUAUGGGUUAUAUUUUGGAGGACGUCUUUAGAGCAAGACAGCCAGGACUUGUAUUUUUGAUGUCAUUCGUUCUUAUUAUUUUGGGAUCUUACGAAACCGUAUACAACAAAGCGAAACAGUCAUAUCCCGGAAUGUUUCUUUCCGUUCUGCUUUCAACUGGCUGCUCGACGCUGUUGAUCGGUGUCAUUGGUUCAAAGUGGGCAAUGGCACAAUCGCCUUUUUGGUUACCCGAAACGUUUAUCCCUGUAAUGGGCAUGCUGGUUGGAAACGUGAUGAGUGGCAUGGCCGUCGCUUUGAGUAGUUGCUUGUCGAGUGUCGGUUCACACAAAGAACACAUCGAAACUUAUUUGGCGUUUGGUGCAAGUCGCUGGGAAGCUGGUCAAUCGGUCGCCGUGGAAGCUGUACGCUUAGCCAUGUUGCCCACGAUUAAUCAGAUGUCCGUUAUUGGCCUUAUUAGCAUUCCCGGUAUGAUGACGGGUCAAAUCUUGGGAGGUGCUCCAGUAAUGAAUGCUGUACGUUACCAGCAAAUCAUCAUGUUCUUGAUCUCUGCCAGCACCGCUCUUGGGGUACUAAGUGCUGUAGCAGCUUGCAUUCGUGUUAUGAUCGAUCGUCAACAUAGACUUCGUCCCGAGCGCAUUGUUAAUGGUCGCGCCAGCAUUUUCCGAGAUAUCAAAAGCUUGUUUAUCAGCGCUUGGAAACUGCUCAAGUAUCUGGUGUGCUGUUGCCGGCCUCAGCGCAAGGAUACCGAUGAAGAUUACCAUGUUGAUCACGAGGAUCAGCGCCAACCUCUACUUGAUAACUAAGCUUUGUGCCCUUUUUAUUUUAUCCCGAUAUUAUUAUUGUAUCCUCAUUUUAUUGAGCAUUCUUUCACCUUAUUCAUACCCCCUUCUCAUUUUGCCAUCAUUUACAAUAUCAAAAAGAUCUAUUUCUACAGCGAAUAGUCUCAACCAAUUUUAUGCGGGGAUUGAAAAGAAAUAGAGAAAUAGGAAAAAAAAAUUUGCUGGUUGGAGUUUUUGCUU